AGGACUCAAGCGCGUUUAUAGACGGCAGCACGUACGCAAAUUUGGCGUUUGAUAUAAAAGUGAUUGUUGGCAACUUUAUGAAAAACAGUCGGCAUUAAGUAAUUGAAUACGCUAAUUGACGAAAUUUAAGUUGAAAUUUAAUUUAACGAAGUUACAAAGCCUUUAAAGGACAACACUAAAAACUCGCAUUUUAGCUUACUUCAUAAAAAUUUGUGCGAAAAAUGCUAAGCUUCGGCUAUAUGUCAUUCCUCCAUUUGCUACUUGCGGGCGCAGUGCUGAGUGGCGCCACACAGGCGCGUCAGCUGCGCAAUAACCGCAUCUCGGCACGCAUCGAACAGGCUGAUGGUGCCGAUGGCGAAGUGGCUGUGGUAGAGGAAGUCUAUCCAACGCCAUAUCCUGCCGCCGGUUAUAGACCUGGCCGUGCAUUCAAUCUGCCCGGCGAAGCUGAUGACGAACCAACGGAAGGCUCCGGUGCCGCCGACACCACUACCGAAUUGCCCGCGGACGAGUACACCACAACGACGGAGAGCGUUGUAGAUGUCACCACCACCACACCCUAUAACUGGGUACCUGCUGAGCUGUUGAGUGAUGACGCUGCUAAGCAAGGGCGCGCGGCUAAGGCACCCUAUCCAGCUGCUGGUUGGCGUCCAAGUCGCGCUUUUUUGUUGCCCACUGAAAUUAAAGCCAUAGAAAAAGCAAGGGCCGCUGCUGCUGCAGAAGCUGCUGUGUCAAACGAUAAGGAUAUUGUAGAUGCGUCCGCAAUCAGCGCCGAGGAAGCUGCUCUUCCAAACGAUAAGGAUAUUGUGGAUGCGCCCGCAAUCAGCGCUGAGGAAGCUGCUGUGCCGAAUGAUAAGGAUAUUGUGGAUGCGUUUGAAACCAGCACUGCCACACCGCUUGCGCCCUUCACAACGCAACUGCCCAAUGUUUCUGAAACAGUAACUGAAGUGGACGCUGUGGAUGCUGUAGCAGAGGCUGCUGCACCUACCGCUGCCCAACCAGCAGCAGAUAAAGCACCAUAUCCACCAUCUGGCUGGCGUCCAAGUCGUGCUUUUCUAUUGCCCACAGAGAUCGAAUCCGCUAAUCAGGACUCCAGCAUUACUGUGAAUGAACCUGAGGAUCCAGUGUCGCCAGCCGAUAAGGCUGGUCAUCCGGCUUGCGGUGUAAGCGACAAUCCAGUAGCGCCAAAGCCGGAGGAAGGCGCCAAAGAGAAUCCGGAUGCGGAGCGUGUCUAUGUCACAGCGAACUUGGCGCCGGCGGUGGUGAACUCGCCGCUGACGUUGCCGAUAUUGUUGCGUUCACAACGCUUGAUCACACCGCCCAUUUAUGUGCCUGCUGGUCGCUCCUACGCCUACUCUGCCAGCGUGCAGAGCUGGCGCUAAGGUGUAUACUUAAAAAGUAUUCAUAUAAAUAGUGUUUGUAGUGAGCAUGUGACAUUCUUAUUUUUAAGGCUGAUCGUUUUUUAUAACCUUUAUUCGUUUUUAUAU